AGAGCACGAAAGGCCCAAGGAUAAACCGCGGUGCCACGAACCUUUUCCAACCUCGAGUUGCGGUGAUGGAGUCCGAGCGCAAGAGAUCUCGACCAGUCGAAGAUCGCCAAGUGGCACUGCAGGCGUGGUGCCGCCUGUUCCUCAAGCUGAUCUUUGUGCUCUCCAGGGUCAACGAGAUGGCCUUUCGACUUCUUCGACCACGGCGACUGGCGGACCAGGACACCAGGGGCUACACUUCACCCGGGAGAAUGACAACGGCAAGUUCCAGGACACCACCGAGGGCAUCUUCGAGCGGGAUGCGGGACGACUUCGAGGUGAUCUCAAUGACGAGCGGACGCACUGGCCUGGGAGUGAACUCCGUGGCAUCAAGCCAAGCCAGUGCAGUGAUCGGGCAGGACUUGGUGACAGACCAGGUCUUACGACUGGUGGGACCGCCACUGAGGUGCGAUCAUCAGGAGACGACCAAGCUCUUCGUGUGUCGCAAGCAGGGUCCCAACUACAAGAGACUGUUCUGGAGGUGCCCGAGGCCACGAGGGAACCAAUGCUCCACUUUUGUGUGGCGCGAGACCCAGCCGUACCUGGAUCCGAUCUACCAGAACGACCUGGAGCCGGAGGACUACGCCCCAACGAUCUCCAGCCAGGAGUCCAAGACCCCCGUGGAGAACAUCAUCCAGGAGCUACAGCGACAGUGCCCACACACCAAGACCGACAAGAGGGGCACCAACCCGUACAAGAUCGUGGUGAAGUGUGCGACGUGUGGCAAACUUCUCAAGUCCGAGGUCACGGAACUGGGAAAGCAGAAAGAGAUCGAACGACGCCAGAAGGAAGUGGAGCCAACAUACCAGGACUAUCUGGAGUGGAAGAGGUCGGGGGCGUGCCAAGCUCGGGGAGUAUGGAGCGACCCGGGGACGGCAACCUCGAGCAACUCGAAGAAGAAGUAGAUUCUGAUGAGGACCAAGGUGACCAACAAAGGGACAAGGGAGUUAAUCAUGUGCUUAGACGAGCACAGACGGCGCUCGGAGAGACAGCCGGUAUGUGGCAGAACCUUAUAACCUAUGUCCAAAGCGACUCACCUAGGUCUGAUCAGAACAUGGCCAAAAUGGCCCAGGGUAUUUUUGAUGAUCAGAAUCCACGUCGGAUCUCUGACCGGCGGCAGCUGAAGAGACUGGCCAGUCUGCU